AUGGCAGCUAGUCUGCAAAGUUCACAACGGGGAUUCCUCCUGUUUGGUCUCAGCGUCUGUCUUGCCUCAGUUAGAACUGAACCGUUCAACCAAGCUCAACUCCACCAGUACAAGCCUGGACCCAAUGAGGACAACAUCAUUAUCGCUAACAACGGGAUAAGGGUCCCGUUAGGGAAAUCCGUGUUCUUGGACCCCGUGCACGACUUGGUAACAGAAGUAUCACCAGGAGAUCGCUGCCAUAUCACAGUUUUGGACAAUGACCCCUUAUCGCAGAGACCGGGGAUUCUGACCCCAAAGAAGUUCCCUUGUUCUUUCGCUCCGGAUGAAGUGAAAUAUACUCAUUUUGGAUCCCGCAGUCCCAGUAAGGAUCGUGUGAAGCUUCAGUUGCGUUACGACUCUCAGACCGACACCGUUAUUAUCCCGUUCAUGCUGGAAGUGGAAGUGGUUUUCCAGCAGUUGGAGAUCCUGACCAGGAAUAUGCCGAUCAAUGUGGAAAAACUGAACGGCGACAGCAACCCGAUUGACAAAAAAGCUUUGGAGUUUUCCUACGAAGACGAGGUCACACAGUGUAAGAUCAAGACAUUGGUCGGCGCCGGUGGUCUACCCAGGUAUGGCGAUCUUAUUAAUAACCCCACCGGUGGAGAAAUGGUCGACUGCGAUGAGUUUGUGAAGCGCGGAAUUCGUUACAAGCACACAGCUAAAACCAAUUCGCCAAAUCGAGACUAUAUUCCGAUGAUGGUCGAGCUGCAGGACAGUGAAGGCAACACUAUUAUGCAAGAACAUUUCCAAUUGAUGGUUAGAAUCAGAGAAGGUGCGGAGAACACACCACCGAAACCUAGCUUUGUGUCCAUGAUGAUGAUGGAGGUGGAUCAGUUUGUGAUGACGGCGAUUACCGGUGACAUGUUAGCCGCCGAAGACGUCGAAUCCGAUUCAGACGAUUUAAUAUUUAACAUCACGUCACCGCUGAGCCCUCAGCAGGGUUACAUUAUCAGCACCGAUGACCAGAACAUGCCAAUCACUUCGUUUUAUCAGAAGGACAUCAAAGAUCUCAAAAUAGCCUACAAACCACCUUCGGAAGAUUCUGAAGUUGAAAGGAUUUUCCAGUUGGAGUUUGAAAUCGUGGACACCGAUGGUGCCGUUUCAGACCCCUUUGCUUUCAUGGUAGUGGUAAAGCCCAUGAACACAAUGGCGCCCGUGGCGACCAAAAACACGGGGCAGCUCUUGUUCGAGGGGCAAUCCAGACCACUAUCCAGCUCACAGAACUUAGAAAUCAGCGAUGAAGAUAACCUAGAAGAUGUGACGAUCACCGUUAUCGACGGUCUGAAGCACGGACAGCUGAGCAUGUUGGGGGGUCGAAGGAAAUUCUUCACACCCGCCGACCUCGACGCCGGCAUUGUUGUGUACCAACAUGACGGUAGCGACACUUAUAGCGAUAAUAUUAUUUUCCGUAUGACAGACGGAAAAAAUGAAGUAGAAUUCCUGUUUCCCAUAACGAUCGUUCCCACUGAUGAUGAGCCGCCCAUUAUUAACGCCAACACCGGGUUGGUGCUCUUCAAGAACGAAGUCAUGCAGAUAUCACCGUUUAUUCUGAGCGCCACCGAUAUUGAUUCCGAAGACGCCACCAUUACGUUUAUCUUAGAGGCUCCUUACUCUUCUGUCGGGGAGUUCCUACUAAGACAAGUGGAACCUCCCGUUGAUCCUUCACUCUGGAAGUUCAGUGACACGGAUGAGAUGUUUGAACAGGUGGUAACCGAAUGGUUCCAACAAGAUAUCCUGGACGGGAAGUUAUUCUACCGCCACAUCGGAAUCCACAGCACCACCACAGUAAUCGAUCAGUAUGUGUUCCGUGUCCAAGACGAUAACGACCCGCCGAAUCAAUCAGGCGAACAGUUGUUCACCGUCAAAAUCCACCCUGUUGACGACCUAGCUCCGGAGCUCUCCCCUGGAACCACUCUUCACAUGACGGUUAAGGAAUAUGAACUGACGUACUUCACAAAGUCGUUCCUAUGCUAUACCGAUCUGGACUCGGACGACCGUGACCUUAAGUUCACCGUCACGAAGCCUCCAACCGACACCGAUGAAAACAAUCCAUCGCCGUUGGGUGAAAUUGUGAUGACCGACAACCCGGAUUUUGUGAUUACGGAGUUCACGCAAGCACAAGUCAAUCAUCAUAAAGUUGCGUACAGGCCGCCUGACCAGGAACUGGGCAUCACUCCCAAAGUGGCACAGUUCACGUUUACGGUGGAGGACAAUUCCGGUAACACAGUAGACGGAUUGUUCACCAUUUUCCUGCAACCGGUCGACAACAAACCGCCGGUUAUUACAAACACGGGGAUCAUUUUGAGGGAGAGAAGUUCAUAUGUGAUCACGAGUCAAGAUCUGUACGCCGCAGAUACUGACACGGAUGAUGAAAGUAUUAUUUUUACUGUGACGCAGAUUCCCAAAUACGGAUAUCUGCAGUACUUGGGAAUCGAUAUGUCAAACGGUGAAACAUUUGUACUCGAAGAUAUAACAAACGGACGGAUAGCUUACAUGCACGGAGGUGAGGAAUCCUUGAACGAUGUCGUCAAACUCGACGUAAGCGACGGUUUCCAUGAGGUCCCCAUUAGUAUUAAAAUCAGUGUGGACCCCGUAGAUGACGAGUCGCCCACCAUUAUGCUUCCGGAGGGUCUACUCGGAGCAUCAAUUGAUGUUCUGGAAAACGGAGCCACGGAAAUUACAAGCAACGUGAUUCAAGGACGAGAUGAAGACACUGAUGACCUCAUGCUAAUGUUCAUCGUGGAGGAACCCCCCAGGCUGGGUGAGAUCCUAGUAAACGGAGCACCUGCUGAGAAGUUCACCCAAGCGGACAUAAUCAACGGCGCGGUGGUUUAUGUCCACACAUCUGGUGAAAUCGGACCGAUCAAACAAUACGACUCUUUCAACCUCACGUUGUCGGAUUUGUCCGAUCAGUGGGUUGUCGGUGGCAACAAAGUCCAAGGUGUGACGGUUCAUGUGACCAUUCUUCCCGUUGACAGCAUUCCGCCGAUUGUUAGCGUCGGGGGGCAAUUUGUUGUAGUGGAAGGCGAGAAGAACGUCAUCACUCUGGAUCAAAUCCAAGCAGAAGAUAUUGACACAAACAGUGAAGAUAUCCUGUGCACGAUUAUUGUCCAACCCUCGUCCGGUUAUGUGGAGAACAUCUCCCCAGCUCCUGGUUCUGAGAAAUCCAGAGCAGGGACCGCCAUUACUGCUUUUAGCAUUAAAGAUGUAGCAAUUGGACAUAUCCACUACGUCCAAAGCAUCCAUAAAGGUGUGGAACCUGUGGAGGAUCGCUUCACUUUCCGAUGCUCGGAUGGUAUCAAUUUCUCGGAACGCCAUUUCUUCCCCAUUGUGAUUAUUCCAUCCAACGAUGAGAAACCUGAAAUUUUCAUCCGUGAGUUUAUAGUAAUGGAAGGAAUGAGUCUAGUCAUUGACACGCCAAUUCUAAACGCGGCCGAUUCCGAUAUCCCUGAUGACAAAUUACACUUUGAGAUCGUCACAAAUCCAAAACACGGAACCAUAAUUCAACAACUCGGGACCGGGACACUUUCAGUGGACGGAUUUGACUUGGAACAGAUCAAGGAGGCGUCAAACAUUGUCUACGAACACGAUGACUCAGAGACCACAGAGGAUAGUUUUGUAAUAAGACUCACAGACGGGAAACACAAAGUGGAAAAAAAGGUUCCAAUCAUGGUUAUUCCCGUCGAUGACGAAACACCAAGAAUGUCCAUAAACGACGGUCUUGAGGUCGACAUCGGUGAAACUAAAGUCAUCAACAACCGGAUCUUGAAGGCCACUGAUUUUGACUCUGACGAUAGCACAUUAGUUUAUAUUAUUCGCUACGGUCCGAGUCAAGGCUAUCUUCAGCGCAUUAGCAAGUUCGGUGACGUUAUCGGGAACAUUUCAGUGGGAAUGAAUUUCACACAAACGGAAAUCGACAAACACCUCAUCCAGUAUGUACACACCGGCCAGGAAGGAAUCCGAGAUCUUCUGAAGUUUGACGUCACAGACGGCAUCAACGCACUGAUUGAUCGUUACUUCUACAUCAACAUCGGAAGCAUCGACAUGGUCUUCCCGGAGGUCGUCAACAAAGGCGUGACUCUCAAGGAAGGAGGCAGAGUAACUCUUACCACCGACCUUCUCAGCACCACUGACAUCAACAGCCCGGAUGAGUUCCUCAGCUUUAGCAUCACUCGAGCUCCGACUAGAGGUCAUCUGGAGUGCACAGACUAUCCCGGUGUUCCCAUUUCCACCUUUACCCAAUUGCAGCUAGCUGGGAAUAAGAUCUACUACAUCCAUACGUCGGAUGAUGAAAUGAAGAUGGACAGUUUUGAGUUUGAAGUAACGGACGGCUACAAUCCGGUGUUCCGUACAUUCCGAGUGUCCAUCACUGAUGUUGAUAAUAAGAAGCCGGUCUUGACUAUAAGUAAUCUGGUGGUAGAGGAGGGUGAAACUAAGCUAAUUACGCCGUUUGAGCUAACGGCAGAAGACCGCGACACAAGAGACGACUUUUUACGAUUCAUUGUCACGCAAGUUCCGGUUCACGGGCAACUGCUCUUCAACAACUCAAAACCCGUCACCACUUUCACUAAGCAGGACCUGAACGAGAACCUCAUCAGCUACAGACACGACGGCACCGAAUCCGGCGAAGACAGCUUCUCCUUCACAGUCACGGAUGGCACUCACACCGAUUUUUACGUCUUCCCCGAUACCGUAUACGAAACACGCAAACCGCAGAUGAUGACUAUUCAUAUCAACACAGUGGACAACGGCGUGCCCCAGAUCGUGGUCAACAAAGCCGCGGCGUCUCUCAAGGUCCUCCCCACGGGACACUUGGGUUUCCUGAUCACCAGCAAGGCCCUACGAUCGGAGGACCGCGACAGCCAGCAGAACGUUCUGAAGUACGUUGUGGUCGAGGCACCGCAACAUGGGUUCAUCAUUGACCUCGCCAAGGGCAACGACAGCAUCAAGACCUUCACACAAGCUGAUAUCAACGACAUGAAGAUCUGCUAUGUCUUGUUGGACGGGAGCAACGCCACUAGCGACAUCUUCUACUUCACCAUUGAGGACAACGGUGGAAACAAACUGAAGCCUCAGCCGUUUCGACUCAACUGGGCCUGGAUCUCGCUGGAGAGGGAGUACUACCUCGUGGAUGAGGAUGCCAAAUUUCUGGAGGUCACGCUCAAACGCAGAGGAUACUUGGGGGAGACGUCCUUCGUCAGUAUUGCAACCAAAGAUGGCACCGCUGAGAAAGACAAAGACUUCCGUGGUAAAUCCCAGAAGCAGGUCCAGUUCAACCCGGGCCAGACCAUCGCGACCUGGAAGGUGAAGAUCUUCACCGACCAGGAGUUCGAAACAUCCGAGACCUUUGAGAUUAAACUCUCAGACCCGGUCAUGGCAGUGUUGGAGUUCCCAGAUGCAGCGACCGUGGAGAUCGUGGACCCCGGAGAUGAGUCGACCGUGUUCAUUCCUCAAGCCGAGUUCAAAAUUGAGGAGGAUGUUGGCGAGCUUCUGGUGCCGGUCCGACGCUCGGGAGAUGCUAGCCAUGAACUUAUGGUGGUCUGUUACACUCAACAAGCAACGGCCACAGGCACCAUCCCAACUUCCGUCCUGUCCUAUUCCGACUACAUCACCCGUCCCGAGGACCACAACAGCGUGCUGCGCUUUGACAAAGACGAGCGCGAGAAGCUGUGCCGCAUCAUCAUCAUCGACGACUCGCUGUACGAAGACGAGGAGAGCUUUAACGUCACCCUAAGCAUGCCGAUGGGGGGCCGGGUGGGCGCCAACUUUCCCACCGCCAAGGUCACCAUCUUGGCUGACGGCGACGAUGAGCCCUCGCUGUAUUUCGGCGAACCCGAGUACACGGCGGAUGAGAGUUCGGGUUACGUGGAGGUGAAAGUAUGGCGGACGGGCACCGACCUUUCCAAGACAGCCACCGUAACGGUUCGCUCCAGGAAGAGUGAGCCGGUCUCUGCUGAAGCCGGACUGGACUACGUGGGCAUCAGUCGCAACCUGGACUUCGCUCCCGGGGUGACAAUGCAGACUUUCAGAGUGACCAUCCUGGAUGACUUAGGUCAACCAGAACUGGAAGGACCUGAGACCUUUGACCUGGUUCUCCGCAUGCCCAUGAAUGCGGUGCUGGGAGAACCCAGCAAGACCACCAUCACCAUCAACGACACCACCACAGACGUAUCGAAGUUUCAGUUCAAGGAAGGAAGUUACAAGGUGGAUGAGGCGGACGGGGAAGUCAAGGCCGUCGUGUUCCGUAGCGGCGACAUUAGCCUCAAGUCUACGGUGCGCUGCUACACCCGGCAGGGAUCUGCUCAGGUCAUGAUGGACUACAGUGAAAGACCCAACACUGAUGCAUCCGUCAUCACUUUCCUGCCAGGAGAGACGGAGAAACCAUGCAUGGUCAAACUGGAGGAUGACUCCAUCCACGAGGAGGACGAGGAGUUCCGUCUGGUGCUGGGAACCCCGAAGAGCAAGUCCGCUUAUGGAGCCUCGUUGGGGGAGCAGAAGGAGGCUCUGAUUAAGGUCACGGAUGAGAAGGACAAACCCAUCAUCCGCUUCUCUGAGAUCAAGUACAGCGUGCAAGAACCGCAGGUGAAAGGCGACACGACUGUUGUUCAAAUCCCCAUUCUACGUAUUGGAGAUACCUCCAAAGUGUCGGUGGUGAGGGUGCACACCAAGGACGGAUCCGCGACCUCCGGAGAGGACUACAACCCCCUCUCAGAAGAUGUGGAGUUCAAAGAAGGCGACGAGGAACAUUUUGUGGAGAUCGAGAUCCUGCACGACGGCCAACGGGAGAUGAGGGAGGCCUUCACCGUGCACAUGAAGCCUGACGACAACAUGGUGGCGGAGAUACAGAUGAACAAAGCCAUCGUGUACAUUGAGGAGAUGGACAGUGUGGCGGACGUGACCUUCCCUGCGGUGCCCCGUGUGGUUUCCCUGCUCAUGUAUGACGACACGGCUAAAACCAAAGACAACCCCAACCCGGCGAACGGGUACCCUGUUGUGUGUGUGACGGCUUGUAAUCCGAAGUACAACGACUUCGACAAAACCGGUUCCAUCUGCUCGGCGGAGAACAUCAACGACACCCUGACCCAAUAUCGCUGGCUGGUCAGCGCCCCCACCGGGUCGGAUGGCGUGACUAGUCCCAUGAGGGAGGUGGACACGAACACCUUCUUCACCAACACAAAGUCCAUCACAUUGGACUCUAUCUACUUCCAAGCCGGCUCCAGGGUCCAGUGUGCUGCUAGGGCCUUCAACGCCAACGGCGAUGCUGGUUUGGAACUCUCCAGUCCCAUCGUGGUGGUCAGCAAGGAGGAAGGCAUGUGUCAGCCUCGGGUUCAAGGUAGUGUAGGAGCGGAACCGUUUUCUGCAAAGAUCCGCUACACGGGUCCGGACGACCCGGACUUUCCCAACCUCAUGAAACUGACGGUCAACAUGCCCCACAUGGAUGGCAUGUUGCCGGUCAUCUCCACAAGACCCCUCUCCAACUUCGAACUGACCCUGAGCCCCGACGGCACCCGAGUGGGUAACCACCGCUGCUCCAACUUGCUGGACUUCAAUGAGAUCCAAACGGGCCACGGCUUCAUCACCGACGCUACCAAGAACCCGGAGAUCAUCGGCGAGACAUCACCCUAUCAGUACAGCACCGCCAUGCGCUCCUCCAACUCCCUGCGCUUCUACAGGAACCUCAACCUGGAGGCCUGCCUGUGGGAGUUCACCAGCUACUACGACAUGUCCGAGCUACUCAAUGACUGCGGGGGGUCCAUCGGCACCGACGGACAGGUGCUCAACUUAGUCCAGUCCUACGUGACCCUGCGCGUCCCCCUAUUUGUGUCCUACGUCUUCCACUCUCCCGUGGCUGUGGGCGGCUGGCAGCACUUUGACCUUCAGUCGGAGCUCAAACUCACCUUCGUGUACGACACAGCCAUUCUCUGGCAGGAGGGCAUCGGAAGCCCACCCGAGUCAGAGCUGCAGGGUGCUAUGUACCCCACCAGCAUGAGGAUUAAUGAAGAGGGGCGCCUCGUGGUCAACUUCAAGACGGAGGCUCGCUACAGGGGACAGUUUGUGAUGUCUCAUCCAGGGACCAGCGUGUCUUCCAUGGUGAUCUGCGCAGACCACCCGGGGCUGACGUUUACGUUGUCCCUGGUCAGGACCGAACCUACACACAACCAACCCAUGCAACAGUGGAGUUUUGUUUCCGACUUUGCUGUGCGGGAUUACUCAGGGACGUACACGGUGAAGCUGGUCCCCUGCAUCGCAUCCCCCAACGGAGAGUUCAGCGUCCCCCCUGUGUGUCACCCGAGGGAGCCUCUUACGUUCGAUAUGGACAUUCGCUUCCAGCAGGUGAGUGACCCAGUGGCGGCGGAGUUUAGCCUCAACACGCAAAUGUUCCUCCUAUCCAAGAAGGAACUCUGGCUGUCUGAUGGAUCAAUGGGCUUUGGGGAAGGAACCGAUACCGCCUUUUCAGAAGGGUCAGUGAUCUACGGUCGGGUCAUGGUGGACCCGGUCCAGAACCUGGGUGACUCGUUCUCGUGCAGCAUCGAGAAGGUCUUCCUGUGCACUGGGGCUGAUGGAUAUGUUCCCAAAUAUAACCCCACUAAUAAGGAGUACGGAUGCCUGGCGGACUCCCCUUCUCUGCUCUACAGGUUUAAGAUCCUGGACAAAGCCCAGCCAGAGACUCAGGCUACUGCUUUCGGUGAUGUGACGUUCAAGGCCACGCUGGCUCAAGAUACAGUUGGAGCUCUCUCAUUGGUCAAUCAACCGGGAUCUGAUGGCUUCACCUUGUCCUCAUCUCCGCUAUUCCAGGUGGCUGCAGGGCGAGAAUGGUUCAUCCAUACCAUCUACAUGGUGCGUUCUAGAGAGAACGCAAACCGCGGAAAACGCAGCGUGAACGUCCUCCAUCACAGCAUCUCCUCUGUGGAGCAUCCUCAAACAUCAGAGUUGGGUAGACACCGCCGCGCCGCCCCGUCUUUCUCCGGCCCCGCCGUCGCCCAAGACAUCGGCGCCGACAACAACCGAGGAACCAACAUCCAGCACAUCGCUCUGGACCGCGAAGACCGCGUAGUGGUCAACCAGCGCCAACCUUGGUCGCCCGGCUUGGACCGCACCCAUUACUUGGAACGCCCCCUUUUGGGGCGCUCCGGCGCCCCCGAGAGCUCCACGCUGCCUAUGAUUGUCGGCGUGGCGGGUUUGAUACUCCUCGCCUGCCUCAUCGCUAUUGUCGUGAUUCUGAUGCUGAGGCGUAAAAAGAAAGAUAAGAACCCGCCGUAUGCUAGCUCGUCGUCUUCGGCCUAUCACGGAUAUAGUCAACGUUCAUCCAGGAUGUGGGGCGGCACAGAUAGUUCUGAGGUCUAAAGUAGAGGGUCUGGUUCUACUCCACCCCCCCCCCCCCCCCUAUUAUUGACUCUUCCACCAUUGUGCCUUCAUUUCCCAAUUUGUAUAGCACUAAAAAUAGCCCGGUACCACCUUCGUACGUUGUUGAUGUCGGUGCUUGUGAUCCACUUUGGACACAUCGAGGAUGGGCAUUUUUUUUUGCUGUUGUAUUUUUUUUCUCCUUUUCUUUAUAAAAGGUCCCGUUUUAUCCUUUUUUUGUUUGUUUGCAACUGCAUGAAAAGCAACAACAACAAAAAAAACCCUGCUAAUUAUAAUCAGCUCAGGCAGCCUUAUUUUAAUAACAUGAACAAAGUUCUUUGUGUUGUUUUUUAUUAUUAAUAUUAUUAUUAUUAUUAUUAUUACUACUGCUGCAAUUGACUGUCUUGUGGACUGGAAUGAAUGUUAGUUGACGUUAAUGAAUGCUAAUGUGAUAAAAGAUUGUUAUAUUUUUCACCACAGACAACAGGUUUUGUAGAUAGGUUUUUUUUUUUCGUUGCAAGAAUGGAGAAAUUCAUAUUUUUGAAUAAAACUAUUGAGAUGAAUGUGGUUGAAGCCAGGCGCAAGAUAUUCUCACUGAAUUAUUA